UACAGCCUCACACUAAUUGUGGAUAUGGCGUACACCAACAUAAAUAUAGGUUAGGAAGAGGUCAUAUCUCACUUAUGGAUACUGGAGUUAUCCCUUAUCUCGCUGGCUCGUCAACAACGAGGUUGUCCCAGAGACCUGUAUUUUAGAUACCGCUCUGGCAAAAACGUGUCGUGGUUUCAUAGUGUUGAGUGAGAGUAGCGUCAGUGCGUGUUACUAUAGCAACAUGUCAACUACCUCGUAUGCUGCUUAAAGAGUCGACCCAGAACUGAGUAACUGGAGUUGAUGCAUCAACAUCCAUCCACCGCCGGGUUUCAAUGGAUAGUCCAGGGCCACCCGGUGUUGGUACUUCCCAACCAGAGACAGGGUGUCUAGUGGUUGGGCUGGUGAACCACCACAGCAUAGAGCUCAGCUGGCUGGGGCUGGACAGAGCUCCACGACAGGGUCUUCUGGAGACCUGGACCCAGCACACCCUGGAGCAGGAUGACUCUAAAAAGCACAUGUUCACCACCAUCUACGUCCAAUUGGAGGAAAAGGUCAGAUCUCUGAUCUUCACUGCCAAAGGUUUUCUUGUGGUUCCCAGUGGGUAUGGAACCGAGUUGACUGUUGAGGGUCUGGAGCCCAACACUACGUACAGAUUCAGACUGAAGACCACAUGCGCUACAGGAGAAACUAUCCUCAACCCAGCCAUGUCAGUCACCACGGCACGUGAACCAGUGAAUGGGAAGAAGAUGCACCAGGCUGUCCUGAUGAACGAUGAAGAGGAGCUGACUAACAUCCUGCAGUCCAAGUCGGCACAGCUACCCGCCAACGUCCCAGACAGGAUGGGGUACACUCCUCUAAUGGUGGCUGCGAUGAAAGGGUUCUCUGGACUGGUCCAGAUAUUGGUGCAACAUGGCGCAGACGUCAACAUGAAAACUAGCAGCGGGAAGAACUGUCUGAUGCUGGCGUGUUUCUGUGGCCACCUGGACAUCGUGAAGUACCUGAGGAAGAACGGGGCCGGUUGGUGUUCCCAGGACGGGGCAGGAUGCUCCGCCCUCCACUGGGCCGUGGACGGAGCUCACCUGCCUGUCAUACAGCACAUGAUCCAGGAUGGCUGUGAGGUGGACGUGAGGGACGGUGUGUCAAUCUGGACCCCACUGAUGAGGGUCUCGGCGGUCACCGGGGAAGCUGCGGUUGCUGCUCUUCUCAUCACCGCAGGGGCCGACGUCAACGCCAGGGACCGGGAUGGGAAGACACCACUCAUGAUUGCUGUCCUGAAUAACCAUGAAGGACUUGUUAAACUGCUGUUAGAGAAUGGAGCAGAUCGUUGGAUUAAAAACGAGUUUGGGUCUAGUGCAAUGGAAAUGGCUAAAGCUUUUGAUAGAAAGAGCAUCGUCCAUUUGUUGGAGGGCAAGUCGAGCCGGUAGCACUCAGGAGGACAAAACAAGAUCACGUCUGUGUUUGAAAAUACAAG